GAGUCGAGUGUCAAUCUUCUCUUUACAGAGUGGAGAAGUUAAUUGCAGUCAUAUCUCUCCUCUGUGUAUGUCUUGCUAACAAAAUGGCGUCCUCUUUGACUGCGUACGAUCCUAAUUUGCACAAGAAUGCUCUUUCCUCGCCGCCUAAACUUGUACCAUUUGACGAAGUACUGGGGAUAAUAACAAAGAUACUGUCGACGGAAGAAGGCGUCAAGAGCAUUCUCGAUAAUCAGCUGGAAGCCUUUCAAAUGUCGUCAUCCUCCUCUUCUUCCAAAUGUGCCAGCCUUCCGAUUCAAACAGCUGGGCAGCCGCCCUACGCAACACUUGCUGCUGGUCCUCAGGCUCAAGUCUGCAUCAAGACGGGAUAUGCAUCCGGUGACACAGUCAUGGUUUCCAAGUGUGCUGCUGGAGGGGGGAAGCAUAGUGGUAACACCGGGUCCGUGUCGGUGUACGAUCAGAAGACCCUUCGUCUCAAGGCAGUUCUGUGUGACGAGGGGCUCCUUACCGAGAUUCGGACUGCCGCGGCCGCAGCGGUGGCAACACGAGCAGCCAUUUUGGCGGCUGGCACAAGGGUGCAAAAAAUGGGCGUGAUUGGAGGAGGCGUGCAAGCCAUUUGGCAGCUGCGAUUGUUGGCAGCUUCCAAGAUUAUUAACCCCAAUGAAUCUAGAGUCGUGAUCAAGACGUCGUCGCGAGCGUCCGCGGAAAAGUUUAUUCAAACCAUGAAGGAAUCACCCCACGAACCGGAUCGGCAAUGGACACUGAUGGAACCAUACGACGACAAUUCAAAGUUUCACGGGUGCCAAGUGAUUCAUUCGGUGACUCCGGCACGGUCUCCCGUUCUGGACGUUGGCGACGUGGAUUUGCCAAAGGCCGGGAACAACCCGUUCCUGCACAUUUCAGCCAUUGGAUCCGACUCGCCGGGGAAAUGUGAGCUUGCAUUGGAUUUGCUAAAGCUAGCGGAUGUCAGCUUGGUAGAUUCCUUGUUGCAAACUGUGGAACGAGGCGAGUUUCAGAAUUCUAGGUGUGAGGGAUUCAAAUUCCCACUCAAAGAAUUGGGCGAACCUGGUGUGGUGGAUUCGGCAACGGGCAAGCUAGCCGUAGACCGCGGUGCUGCCGCCAAGAGCCAAGCUUUGUUUACCAUAUUCGAUUCAUCGGGCAUGGCAAUGCAGGAUGUUCAAAUGGCCAAACUAGUUGCGCAGAAUCUAUAGACAAUUGCUGAAUGCAAUUAUUUGCAUAAGUUGUGCGCUGGAUAUUGUGACUAGCAAGGUAGCAGCACAAUUGCGAUGCUAAUAGCACAGAACAAAGCUUUGAACUCAAUAAGAAGACUAUCUAUCCACAGCGAAGAUUGCCGGCUUCAUACACAGUUUCCACUCCUGCAGCGGCAUGGUUUACAUUUUUAAAGAGUUACCUAUUAUAGAUCUCUUAGUGUUGCGCU